UAUGGUUAAGAAACAACUGAUACAAGAAGAUUUGAAAAUGAAUGAAUAAUGUAGAAAUAAUCGUAUUCAAUAGUUUUGUUGGACAAGAGCUAAUCAGGAUGGAUAAUUCAAAUGGUCAUGUGAUGAACCUAGCAAACAGCAUCAUAGGAGUGAGCGUACUAGCAAUGCCAUAUUGCUUCAAACAAUGUGGAAUAAUUUUAUCAGUACUAAUGUUGCUCAUCAGUAGUAUUAUAUCUAGGCUGGCUUGCCACUUUCUGCUAAAGUCAGCUAUAACCUCAAGAAGAAAAACAUAUGAGUUCCUCGCAUUUCACAUUUUCGGAAGUAUGGGGAAGCUAGCUGUAGAAAUCGGAAUGAUUGGAUUUCUCCUUGGGACUUGCAUUGCAUUUUUCGUAGUCAUGGGUGACUUAGCACCAGAGAUUAUAGCAGAAAUAACUAGUACUCACACAACCAAUACUCUACGUACAAGCAUACUUGUUGCUCUGGCAAUGUUUGUAGUAUUACCUCUUGGUUUACUCAGAAAUGUAGAUAGUUUGAAUGGUGUUUCCAGAGCUACCAUUGGAUUUUACUGUUGUUUAGUGCUGAAAGUGGUAUUCGAAGCUAUGCCUCACCUCUUCAGUGGUGACUGGUAUCCUAAUACUAAUCUAUGGAGACCUGAAGGGAUUCUCCAGUGUUUACCAAUAUUUUCAAUGGCUUUAUUUUGUCAGUCUCAGUUGUUUGAGAUAUACCAUGCUGUUCAAAAUGCUACAUUAGACAAAAUGAACAAUCUGGUUAAGAUUGCUGUAAAUAUUUGUACAAUGGUCUAUAUUUGUGUAGGAAUUUUUGGAUGUAUUGCAUUUUCUAGUAAACCAUUUUUAGGAAAUAUCCUCCUGAGCUUCUCCCCUUCAAUUAUGACUGACAUCAUGAAAAUUGGAUUCAUUCUCUCAGUUGCAUUCAGCUUUCCACUAGUUAUAUUCCCCUGUAGGGCAAGUUUAUAUUCUUUGCUGUACAAAACAGGAUAUUCACUGCAUGAUGGUGUCUCAGACUAUAUCCCAGAAGGAAGGUUUAGAGUCUUAACUGUGGUAAUAAUAUUUGUUUCACUUAUCAUUGGCAUUAUGAUACCAAACAUUGAACUAGUUCUUGGCCUAGUUGGAUCAACUAUUGGGAUAAUGAUAUGUGUACUCUUUCCUGUCACUUGUUUCAUCUGUAUCUCACCAAAAAAUACUAAUGAAAGAUUACUAGCUCAAUUUAUGCUUAUGGUAGGAAUAAUAUUCAUGGUUCUUGGUACAUACAAAAACUUGCAUGCUGAUGACACUUGGAAACCCACAUCAAUAGCUACUAAGCAGAUUGCAAUGGACCAAAGUUUGGUGAACAUUGGGACUAUCCUUGUAAAGUUACCUACUACAGUUAGAGUAGAGAUGAAGACUGACAUGUUGGUUAAGGAUAUGGAACAAAGUGAAAUAAAGGAAAUUAGACAUGAACCUCCACAGCCAAUAGAACCAGUGGAGGAAAUUUUGAAAAAAGAACUAGCAAAACAGAAAACAGUUCAUAAUAAUAUGAAUCCAUUACAGAAUGAAACAAAGAAUGAGGAAGUAGACAUAGAAGCAAUCAAGAAGGAAGACAAAGAAGAACUGAUGCAAGAGAAUGAAUCUGUGAAUGAUGACAAUAAUGCACACCAAAUACUGAUUGACACCAUACAAAAACAAAAUGAGGUUCAAAAGGAGAUUGUGGAACAGCAGAAAAAACUCAUAGAGGUCAUACAAAAUCAACAAAAAAAGGAAGAAAAUGAAAAAGUUGUCAUAGCUGAGGAAAAGUUGAAGGCUGUGAAGAAGAUUGAAAGUAUUGCUCUACAAGCUAUUGAAAAAAUCAGUGAAGGUGAAGAUAGUAAGAAGGUCAUGAGAGAAUUAGAAAAGAACAUAAAGGAAAAUGAGAUGAAAUUACCAGAAGAAAAGCAUCCAGUACAGAAUUUAGAAGAAGUAAGUCAGCAAAACUUGAAACAAAUGGAAAAAUAUAUUGAAGUGCUAAAUAAUAGGUCAAAUAUGGAAGUGGAACAUAUUCCAAAACCACUAAAAAUUGGGAACAAUAAAAUCACCCCACAAAAUAGUGACAUAAGAAAAUUAUCAAACAUUAAUUUGAAUUCUAAUCCAAACUCAAUAAAACCGGACACCAAAACUGUGGUGAAAGCUGAGGUAAAAGCAGAGCAACCAAAAACUGAUGAUGUGAACCUUGAAAGUUAUAAUCAUGAUUUAAAUGAAGUUCACCAAGUAGCACAUGAUGAAAUAUCCAUUGAUCACCAACCACCACAAAAUGGAAAUUUACUUAUCCCAGUGAAAGAUACCGCAAACAACACUGGUGAAAAUUUGGCGCCUUUGUUUCUGAAUCUGGGGAAGACUGGCAGAAAAACUGAUGUAGGAAAUCUAUCUGACCCAGUAGUUGUGAAAAUUGAACCAAUUUCUAAAAAUUCGAAAUUGAAUAUAUUGAAAGAUGGGGCGGAACUGAAAAAAACUGAUAUUCCUGAAGACAAAGAAUUAGGUGAUGACAAAAUGCAAGCCAUGAGAGGUGAAAUAUUGUAAUAAAUGUUCCUAAGUCCUUGGAAUGAGAAUGAAGAACAUAUCUGUGAUCAUUGACUGUUGUAAAUAAUAAAUAUAGUUAUAUAGUUA